CCGCGAAUCGGCUGUUCCGAGAAGUUUGCUAAUCCCGCUGCUGCUGCCAUGGAGGAGGUGACACGCCUGGUUUCCACCGGAGACUGUGUGAAGAUCUGGGAUGCGGUUUCCUUGGCCCCUCUGGAGCAGUUCAACCCCCACAGCAGCAGUCACCCCGUUGCUCAGGCCUGCUGGAGCUCCAACAACCAGUUUCUGGUGAGCGCCAGCAGCUGCGGAGACAAACUGGUGGUUUCCAGUCUCAAGUCCAAGCCGGUCCCGGUGGGGGAACUGGGUGAAGGGAAAAAGCAGACCCGUGUGUGUUUGAGCUCCUCGUCUCAUUUCCUGGUCAGCGGGGGUCUGGAUCACUGUGUCCACAUCUGGGACCUGAAGACCAUAAAGCUGCACCGCUCCCUCAAAGACCAUAAAGAAGAGGUGACCUGUGUGUCCUUUAACGCCAACGGCAGCUGCGUGGCCUCAGGCUCCACCAGCGGGGACCUGGUCCUCCACAGUCUGACCACCAACCUGUCCAGCAGAGCGUUCGGUCAUGGCAGCAACCAGCCCAUUCACGACCUGCGGCUGUCCACGGUGAAACGCUCCCUGCUGGGCAGCGUCUCGGACAGCGGCACCGUGGUCCUGUGGGACUCCAACACCCAGAAGGAGCUGCACGUGUUUGACAGCGCCCACAAGGCCCCGGGCUCCGGCCUCGCCUUCUCCCCCACCAACGACCUGCUCUUCGUCAGCGUUGGCCUCGACAAGAAGAUCGUCUACUACGACACGACCAGCAAGAAAGUCCUGGCGUCGAUCCGUGUGGAGAGUCCUCUCACCGCGGUGGACUUCGCGUUGGACGGUGUUGGCCUGGUGGUCGGUUCCACUCGGGGGAAGAUCUAUCAGUACGACCUGAGGAACACCAGCACACCAACCAAGAUCACCGUGGCCCACAAAACCUCCGUCACCUGCCUGCGUUUCCAGAGCAAUGUCGGCCGAGACAAGUCCAAUAAACUGGGACCCACCAGGAUCUCCAGUACAAAAAGAUCCAGCUCCAAACUGCCCAGCAGCCACUCAGACUCCGCCCCCAGCACAGGUCCCGCCCCCCACAGACAGGAGACCAGCACAGGAGGCACCGGCGUGGAGGCGUUGUGCGAGGCCAAGGUCCAGCAGGGGGCGGAGCCACUCCCUCCCGUGGAGAAGUUCAGCGGAGUGGGACGAAACAGUCUGGACAUCUUCUCGCCAGCUCGUGAAGGUCCAGACUCGGGGAACCAGGGCAGGACCGGAGAGACCCCGUUUGGAAGAACAAAUGUUGCUGGUCUGGAGCUGAUGUCCAGAGAGGGGGAGGGACAGCAGCUGGUUGGACGGGGCAGUCUGGACAUCUUCUCCCCGGUCCGAGGAGACUCAGGUACUGGAGGUCCACAGCGUAAGACCCCCCUGGGGAACCAGAUGGGCCCGUCUGCAGAUUGGUUUUACAGCCCGCUGUCCGUGUUCCAGUCCCCACUACCAAUCAGGGAAGAGGAGCCAAACAGUGCUGAAGCAUGUGACUCCAAAAAGUCUGGUGAGGCCAGCAGGUCCAGUCUGGAAGGAGAGGCUGAGGCUCCGCCCACCACACCCCAACAAACCAAUCAGAGUCAGUCGGCCCCACCCUCCUUAACUCCAGAGCCCAGCCUCUGCAGAGGGAACGGCGUCCAGUCUCAGUUGAGCUACGAUUCACCUGUCCUCAGGACUCCGCCCCCCACCGCAGCAGCUUCUGGUCCAGCUGCGGCAGUCGCCAUGUCGUCCUCGCUCUCCCAGAACACAGCAGAUGUGGUCGGGCAGGAAGGCGCCGCCCCGCUGACCUCCCUGCAGUUCCACUUCAUCCGGAACAUGAUCCGCGAUGAGAUGGAGGAGUUGAGAACCACCUGCCAUCAGGACAUCAUCAACCUACAGGUGGAGAUGAUCCGACAGUUUUACAUCCAGCUGAUGGAGGUCCACAGUCUGAUAGAGAACUACUCAGUCAACGAGUCUCUGGUGGAGGAGAUCGAGAGGCUGCGAGAGGAAAACCGUCGUCUGCGAGCCAAGUACUGAUCCUGUGAGCCCCGAGUCGGGUCUUGAAGGCUGCAGCAGAAACAUGACGAUUCUGCCUCAGAGCUCCGUCUU